UGCUAUGGCGUUAUAUUGUAGACAUGUUUUAUACUUGAAUUUAUUCAUGUUGAGCUUAAAACUUACGGGCCGUCAUCAGAAGGUUUUAAAUUCGACCUGAAUUUGCUGUUUAUGGAAGAGAAGAUUAUUAUCGUGAUAAAUGGUCUUUAAUAUGUAUUCCAGCGAUGUGUUUGGCUUGAGGGAUUAUUGUCGUGUAAAUAUGUGAACAUAAAUAUGUACAUUGGUCACUACCAAGUUAAAUAACCCAUCUGUGUGGUUCUGGUCACUAGUCAUUUGAACACUACCAGUUAGAGAUGUUAGUGAAGACUGAAGCCUGAGAUGCUUGUGAUGUCUAGAUGCUCUUCGUUUCCGGCUGUAAAACCUUUCAAACUUUAUCAUUUCAGUCAAAAGCCAUUCGUGGUUCUGAUUCACUGCGAAUAAAAUACCUUGUCAGGUUGGAAAAAAAUCGCCGGUAACUGAUUCAGUUAGAGGACAGACAUCGAAAAAAAUUGUUCACCGACGCAGAUGAUUUUUCCCAAAAAUAUUUUUUUCACAAGUUUAAUAUAACGAAAGGUGAAAAAUCCUGACUGACAAAACAUACCGAGAAGCGAAUCAUCCAUCACACUAGCAUGGAGGUUGUUUUGAAGGACGCAACCUCGGCUAAGAAAAGGCUGACGAACUCUGGUAAAAAUGAUAUGAAAGACCCAAACCUAGAUGUUCAUGGUGUUCGAAGUUCUUCAAAAUCUGGAAUAAUUUUUAAAGGCUUUGAGAAUCCCAAGGUUUCCGUGUGUGAAGAAUUGGCGACUGCCGAAAGGCAAACUGCAUUUGUAAACAACCGCCUUUCAAACGGCACUAAUAAUUAUGUUAAUAACCCAAGGAAAAUACUAUGCGGUGAAGACGUAGGGAAGUCAUUGAUUAAUGGAUUAUCAAGUAAAACUAUUGUAAUACAUGCGACGGGAAUAAAAAAGGAUUCAAGUCUUUCUUUAGGAGGAAACUAUGAAAGCUCCUUAGACAUACAAAAGGUCAAGGAAGUAAACUGUCACUCGGUUGAUCAGUCGUUGGAAGCCAUGCGCAAAAAAAUUGCUUCAUAUAUAAGCUACUCCGGAAGUGAAGAAUCUAGUAGUUCAGAUUCUGAAGUGCUAGAUUUUAACGACCAGAAGAAGGAUGGUUGUCAGAUGAACCGAAUUAUACGAAACAGAGGGGGGRAAAUGUCUCCCAAAUGUGUCCACAGCAGUAAAAGUCUUCAGGGAAUUGAAAACGCAGUAGCUGAUAGGAACUCAGAGGUCGAAAAAGAAAGCACUUUUUCUGUGGAUGCUCGGAAAUUUAGCAUGAAGUGGAAUAUUACUGCGAAAAAAGUAGAUAGCGUAAACAGUUUAACAAGUGCGAGAGAAAUAUGGGAUGAUGCAUUAAUAAUCAGUCAUACUGAGAGAAGGUCACUUAAUGAAUGCGAAUUACGACAUUCAUUAAAACUCGACUCGAAUUCUCCGAAAGGUAUGAAAACCUCUGAAGGAAACUGCGAAAACGACGGUGAUAAACGAGAUUUUUUUCAUGGUCAAAAUGAGAAGGAAACGUUUUCAAUUAACGACGCUGCCAACAGGUGCAUAAGUGAUAAAAGAAUGACCUCAGAGCAUGACAGCUCAUGGAAUGACAGCAAUUAUUCUGAAAAAGCUCAAGAAAAUACUAAGUUGCACGAUGAAUGCUCAAGAGGGGAAUACGAACAAAAACCUGAGGRCUCUCGAGAGAUAUCUUUUCACAAUCUCAAAGAAAAAAAUAGAAAUUAUGUUGGGAGUCAAGAAAAACCAUUAAAAGAUGAAGAGACGAGAACGUGUGACAGUCCAAGGCAAACGAUUUCACUGACCACAAACAAAAGAAUUAAGAAUACAAACGCUAAUAAUAAUCUUCGUUUGGGUUCAAGUUUUUCCGAAAAGUCUUCGAAGAAUCAGAAAUCCAGAUCUACUACAUACAAAAGCUCUAUUCCCGGCAAUGGGAUUUUCGAAGAUCCAGGUUCUUUUAUAUCUACAGACGCUAACGCCAGUCCGGUUAGGAGAUCUCCAGAACACAAACAACUAGUCUUUCUUGCCGAAGAGAGAAAAUCCGAACAACUCAAUUCUGUCACUAAGUCUAGUUCUAGUGACAAACACACCAAAAAUCUCAUCGCCAGAAAACAAGAAUCCACGGGCAGUGGGCUAAAAACUUUAGACGAAUCGAUGACUUAUACAAAUAAAGAGAAAGUUUACGAUGACUUUAAAUAUCAAAACCGUGCGGCAGAAUACAAUGACGCAACGAGUAAACAAACUACACUAGGAAGAAGAAAGCCUUUCAAAAAUAAUGAUGAUAAAGAAACCAGAAAUGACGAUGAAAAACUAAGUAUAUCAAAUCGCCGUCGAUCAAGACAGAGCAUUUCCUUAGAAAAAGAAUGUCGGCAAAGAAAGUUUCGCGAAAGUACGUCUCUGGAGAGAGAGUCAAAGUAUGGAAAGCAGCUAUGCUUUGAUAACGAGUGUGAUGAUGAAAGAAAAAGUUCUUCCCAGCGUCGUUAUUCAAGACGAAGUGUUUCACCUGAAAAAGAACUUUGGCGUAGACAAUCUCGAGAAAGAACGUCUAUGGAUAGAGCGUCUAAGUAUGCAAAGCUAUCACACGUUGAUGACGAUAGUGAUGAUGAAAGAAAAAGUUCUUUCUCCCGGCGUCGUUACUCAGGACGAAGCGUUUCACCUGAAAAAGAUCGUUGGCGUAGACAGUCUCGAGAAAGAACUUCUAUAGACAGAGAGUCCAAGUAUGCAAAGUCAUCACACGUUGAUGACGAUAGUGAUGAUGAGAGAAAAAGUCCUUACUCCAUUCAUCGUUAUUCAGGACGAAGUGUUUCGCCUGAAAAAGAUCGCUGGCGAAGAAGGUCUCGAGAAAGAACGUCUAUAGACAGAGAGUUCAAGUAUGCAAAUCCAUCACACGUUGAUGACGAUGAUAAUGAUGAUUCGAAAGGUUCUUACUAUCGUAGUCGUAAUUCAAGACGAAGUGUUUCGCCUGAAAAAGGACGUUGGCGAAGAAACUCUCGAGAAAGUACGUCUCGGGAGAGAGAAUCAGAGCAUGCAGUACGAGAAUCAAGGAAUCAAGAUACCCAAAGGUUUCGAUCUCCCAUUCCGAGAAUGCGACGAGAUCUAUCAAGCAUAAGAAAGCAGAUCUCCGAGGCACCUGUUAGCUCUUGGAUUCAUAAUAUUGUCGUAAAGAUUGCUGAUCCCCCAAGAGCUCCCAUCCGAAAAAGACGCAAUCGUAAUGACAGACGUUUCAUUCAGAGGAAUAGAGUCGAAGAACGCUCAAGUAAUGCUACGGACGAGGAAAGAAGGUUGCCAGAACCAUCGUCCACAAGAGAAGAUAGGUCUGAAGCUGAUGCUGCUCAGAUGAAGAAGAAAAAACGAUGGACAUACAAUGAAUAUGCAAAACAAAGUGAUGGAAGUUUGAAAAGAAAAAGAGAGUUUAGUGAUGACGAGGAAGAUCAUUUUGCUUGGAAACGGUAUGAUGACGAAAGAACAAUGCCUUACCAAGGGUACGCAGACAGUCAGGUCCAGUCUCUUCUCAAGCAGCUGUGUGGAGAUUACGUCACCCAAUUAUAUUCCAGAGAGAGCAACAUCGGAGGAAAGCCAUCUUCCAAGAAUGCACUUGGAAGUGAGCAGGAUUUGAAGGAUCACCGCUCUUGGUUUAUGACGUCGAGUGAAUGGAUUUCUUAUGGAGAAGAAGCUUACAGACCUGAGGAUCAAACAAAACAGCCUUUUACGACUAAAGAUUUGUCAACCAAAGCUGCCGUAUCAGUCUUGUGGCACACUGUUCCUCUCUCGACGAAUACAAAGAAGGUAAAUGAACGUGGUGGCAAGACAAAAACAGAAGAAGCAAACGAACGGGAAAACCAAGCGAAAACACGCAAACGACUCUCCUUCGACCAGGAAAAAGAAACGGGACAAACCAGUUUGCAAGAAGGAUCAUCAACAUUAAAUGAAAAAGUGGCCAGUCAGGCUUCACUUAUCGUUAAUGGAGACGAUAUCUUGAAUAGCCGAAGUAACAACACUCAUCAACAGUAUCAAAUGGCGCAUAGUAACAUGACAGAAGGAACUGGAAUUAGUUCCAGCACUUUAAUACCAGACAAACACUGCGUUGGUAGUAGUGAAAACUUUACUUCUGGCUCCUUACAACUUGGUGAUCUGUGGAAUACUUCAACUAGCUGUAAUAACCCCUUAGAGACUGGCCAAAUGACAAGGAAUGACUUGCUGGUAAUGGUGACACCUUCGUCAUAUUGGUAUGAGAAGCAACUAUUGCGAAAACAAAAAGAAGAAAAGCCUUCAAAAGCGAAAAACACAACGGGCCGCCAUCAUCAAUCACUUUACAUUCCAACUUCGUGUUGUUCCUCACGACUGACCGAUGUAUCGUCUUUUUCCGUGUGCUUUCAUUGCGAUACUUCUAAAUUCGAUUUUUCACCGCAAAUGCUGGACUCUUCGGAGGUAGAUGAGGGCAAUGUCAAAGCGAGGAAUGAGAGCGUAUUUGAGCACACUACAACACCGCAAACUGGCAAAACAUUUAUGGAAAGUGAAUGCAGCAUUCACACGAGUGCUAAGCGACAGCUGAAUUUCGGUAGCAUUACAGAAAUGCAUUCAUCAACAGAUUCAAAAACUGACGAUAUUCAAGGUAAAAAAGAUCUCAUUGAAACGAUUAAGGAUGAUCAAGAGACAGGGACAAGAACUGAUGACCCAUUAUGCUCAAUAUCGACCAGUGAAGAGGAGAUCUCAUCUCCUGUGAUUAACUCCAACCCAGAUAAUUUGCCGAUGUCGGAGCGAUCGUCUUCUCCUGGAACUAAUUAUAAUGCAACUGGAUUACAGAUGCUAGAUGACUCUAUUGCAAAUAAGAGUGCACAUCUUGAAAAUAUAAAUAUAAAGGUAAAAGGUUCACAUCAAGAAAAGACAGGAGAUCACCAACUUGUAGAAGUAGAAAAAGCUGAUGUCCAUUCAGAGACAAGCGAAAAUCAUUCUCCAAUAACAAAUUUGCCACAGAAGAAAAUACAAAAGAGUGAUCGACUUGGUAAAGAAGAAAAAGCUGACGUCCAUUCAGAGACAAGCGAAAAUCAAUCUCUAGGAACACAUUUUCCACAGAAGAAAAUAGAAAAGAAGAAUCGACUUGGCGAAAGAGAAAAAGCUGAUGUCCAUUCAGAGAAAAGCGAAAAUCAUUCUCCAAUAACAAAUUUGCCACAGAAGAAAAUGGAAAAGAAUCGACUUGGUGAAGAAGAAAAAGCUGAUGUCCAUUCAGAGACGAACGAAAAUCAAUCUCUAGAAACAUAUUUUCCACAGAAGAAAAUAGAAAAGAAGAAUCGACUUGUUGAAGAAGAAAAUGCUGAUGUCCUUUCAAAGACGAACAAAAAUCAUUCUCCAGGAACAAAUUUGCCACAGGAAAAAAUAGAAAAUAACAAUGACCAUCAACUUGGUGAAAACGAAAAUGCUGAUAUCCAGAAUUCAGAGACGAACGAAAAUCAUUCUCCAGGAACAAAUUUGCCAACAAAGAAAAUAGAAGAGAAGAAUCAACUAGGUGAAGAAGAAAAAGCUGAUUUCCAUUUAGAGACGGGCGAAAAUCGUUCUUCAAGGACAAAUUUGCCAACGAAGAAAAUAGAAAAGAAUGAUGGCAAUUCUUCAUCUAUGUUGAAAUGUCUAGUAGAAGAAGUAGAAGAAGUUGGCGAGGAGAUGUGGGAAUUAGCUCUGAAGACUACUACCAAUGAAACGUCUGGUGAUGGAGAUAAUGCCAUUAACAUAGGCAGUGCAUUUACAAAGUUGCACCCAAAAUCGGGUGAUUUGGAUGUGGCUGUUGUCAAGCCAUCCCCGAGGCAAAAACAUCGCUCAGCCCUGAAUGAGAGUUUAGAAACGUUUGCUUAUCAAGACGAAAACAAUGUAAACAUGGUGAAUCCUGCAAUCACAACCAUACAUCAAACGCAGCAAAAGCAAUAYGAUACGACAAAAACGCCAGUUCAAAAUGAGCAGAAAAUUCAGUUUGUCUCGCAAAUAAAAGUAGCAAAAAAGUUAGAGCAUUCAAAGAAGCCACCUAAUUUUACAAGAUGCGUUCCUUCCUCUACUUCUGUGGUACUAUCGUCGACUCCUCACAUGAAGGACCCUUUACCAAAUAUUCAAAAGCGACCCAAGGAAGCGAAGCUUAAUCCCCUUGAUGGAACAACAGAAGCGUUAGCCGUCGGAAGAGUCAUUGAAAAUUUCCCACAAGAAAAAUCCGCUAUAAACUUGCCACUUGCUUGCAGUGCCAGUUCACAGCAGCAUGGGUCUCCCAUGAGACUAUUUCAAGCCCCACCGCAAUCGUAUCAACAGGACGAGUUUGGUUAUACCUUCCGAACGCCAAACCUGCAACAGAAUCAGCAGCCGCAACAGCAGGAAAACGAGUUCAACAUAAUUCAGUCUUCUUUUUCCAAUAACAAUUCGAUCCACAUGAUCAACAAUAAACAUCUUAGCAUCAACACAUCAUCGAAUGCCAAAGUAAUUCCGACAUUGUCAAACCGGCAAGAAAUAUUCCCUGAACAGCUGCAGGGAGGGGACUUAUCAAAGUCCUUACGAAAUCAGGCAGUUUUCAUCCGGGAUUCGCCUAUGUUGGAAAAUCAACAGCAUGCUAUGAUGCCUAAACAGGCUUUUCGCUCAGUAAAUGAUUCUUAUCAAGGGUUGCUGCUUAGAGCGCAAAAAAACGUGAGUCCGUCGAUGCCGCCGCUGAAAAACACUUUUAUUGGUCAGGGUAUAGACCAAGGGCAUGCCAUUCAUUCUUUGAAUUUUUCAACUCGCACUACGGAGCCAGUGUGUUUUCAGCCAUCCGAAUAUCAACAACAACUUACACAUCAGCAAGAACAUAUAUAUCAUCAACAGCAACAACUACAACAGAAGCAACAAAUACAUUAUCGACAACAACGAUACCAACUACAGCAACAGCAACAAUUACAUCCACAGCCGAACCAACUACAGCAACACCAACAAAUACAUCCUCAACAACAACAACAGCAACUACGGCAACACCAACAAAUACAUCCUCAGCAACACCAACACCAACUACGGCAACACCAACAAAUACAUCAUCAACAGCAACAACAACAAAAACUUCAACAAGAGCAACAAAUACAUCAACAACAAGAGCAACAAAAAAUACAACAGCAACAACAACAACUUUCUCAACAGCAGCUACAACAACAACGACCCAUACUAGACGAACUAACAACAAUGACUAUACAUCAAGAGCAAACAAUCUCUGCACAUUUACCACGGGCUUAUCCUAUCAUAGAACGACCUCCUCAACUCGAGAGUUGGCAUGAUACCUUUUUAAGUGCGCCUAAAAUUCAUGAUGACUUGUCGCAUAUACCUUGGGGGCAACAUGAGUUGGAUCUUGGUUACCAAGUGGAUUUGCGCAUGCGUCCUCAGUACCCUCAAACUCGAACCCCUCUCCCACAGAAUGCCCAAGAAUGGUUUUUCAAUGCACAAAAAAAUUUGUCAGAAUGAUUUACUUCGUGUAGGCGAGGAUAGACCUAUUCGGCUUGGACGUAAUGUUUUAUAUUUAAUUUCAGACCAUGUAUCAUUCCUCUGCAAAUCUUUUCUUGAAAUAAAUCCAAUAACUAUCAAGAAAUAUUAAUUUUGAAGUUACCUAUCACAUUAUAAAUGCCAUAAGCAAAAUAAUUGGUUUCCUUUGCGAGUGACGUUUGUUAAUCAGCUAACCUGCGACCAGAGGUCUGCACACAGGGUGUAUAUUAUUAUUGGGUUGCCUGUGGAAGCACAGUCAUAAAAUGCCUUUGGUUG